UCUCGUAAUUUUGCCUUUGGAGUGUAGAUCAUAGGAGUUGUCUGCUUCCUUUCACGUGCGCAUUCUUGAAACCCUAGCUCCCACAGAACCCUAAGAUGGCCGGCGGUAACCCCAAGGCCUCUUCACACAAGCCCUCUUCCUCCUCUUCUCACCGGAAGUCUCGCUGGGAGUCCGGCUCCAACCCGGAUAAAAAAUCGGGCGACUCCAAACCACCCAAUUCCUCCUCCACCCCUAAGACCCCUAACAAUGACCCAAAACAAGCCCCUGCUUCCACCUCCGGCUCUUCCCAUCCCAAGCCUCCGGCUGAUUCCGUCCCAACCUCUGCCGCCGCUCCAGUUCGUCCUCCGGUCGCUGGAGCCCCAUUCCUUCCGGACCCUACCACGUUCGGGCCUCCUCCCACUCCUCAGUAUGGAUUUCACAUGCUUGAACGCCGGACGAUUGUUCUCGCCGAUGGGAGCGUCAGAUCGUAUUUUGCACUUUCGCCGGACUAUCAGGACUUUCCACCACCGCCGCCCCGAGCGAUGGACCCUGCCGGGAGGUUCUUGCCUAUGGGGCCUGGCCACGGCCCCGAACCCGUCGGUCCGGGGCUGGGCCGAUUCCCUCCCACGGGACCGAUGAGUCCCGAAGGGUUCCGCGGCGAACGUGAUGAUCCCUAUUCUCGUGGCAGACAUCAGGAUUACUGGAAUUCUCUAGGGCUAGAUGGCCGUGGACACCCAGAAGGGUCGAUGAAGAGGAAAUACAGUGAAGAGGACGAGAGGGAUAGGAGAGAAGACAGAGACAGGAGAGAUGGCAAUGAUGAGUUUGCUAGGCAAAGGCAGCAGCUUUUACAGUAUGGGAAUCCUAGCUUGAACCCAAAUGGGUAUCCAUUGGGGGGUGAUCGCAGUGAAUAUUUGGCCGGACCUAGUAGCCCCUUCCGGAGAGGUGUUAUGGACCCAAUUCGUGGUGAUGAAUUGAGGUCUUCUAAGUAUAUGAGGAUUGGAGGGGGUUAUGAGGGGUUUUCCCGGCAAGGAGGUGUUGGGGAUAAUGUGGGUCUGAAGCACCAUAAUGUUGAUCAAAAUGCACUGAAAAAAGCUUUUAUUCAGUUUGUAAAAUUGAUUAAUGAAAGUGCAUCACAGAGGAGAUUGUACUUGGAGGAUGGAAAGCAGGGCCCUCUUCGAUGUCUAGCAUGCGGCAGGUCUUCUAAAGAUUUUCCAGAUAUGCAUGCUCUUGUUAUGCACACAUACAACUCCAACUCAGAUAAUGCUAACUUGCUUGUGGAUCACUUGGGCUUACACAAAGCUCUGUGUGUUCUAUUGGGAUGGAACUACUCAAUGCCUCCUGAUAACUCAAAGACAUAUCAGUUUUUGUCUGCUGAUGAAGCAGCAGCAAACCAGGAUGAUCUGAUUAUGUGGCCGCCCACAGUCAUCAUUCAUAAUACAGUUUCAGGAAAGGGUAAAGAUGGGCGCAUGGAGGGUUUGGGAAACAAAGCUAUGGAUAAUAAGCUUAGAGAUCUUGGAUUUGGGGGUGGCAAGUCAAAGUCCUUAUAUGGGAGAGAUGGUCAUCAAGGCAUCACCCUGGUUAAGUUUUCUGGUGACCAAUCAGGGCUGAAGGAGGCUGUGCGGCUGUCAGAAUUCUUUGAGAAGGAUAAUCAUGGACGCAAGGGUUGGGCCCGUGUACAGCCUUUGCUACCAGGCAGGGACAGUGAGAACAAUCCAAACCUUGUGAAGGUGGAUGAGAGGACUGGGGAGAAGAAAAGGAUCUUUUAUGGCUAUUUGGCAACUGCUUCUGAUCUAGACAAGGUUGAUUUUGAGACGAGGAAGAAGGUUUUAAUAGAGAGUAAGAGGGAAUAUAAGCCAUCGAAUUAGCAUCUGGGAAAUAGUACAAGGUACUUCCUGUGUAUUCUAUUCAUACUGUCAUUUGGUGAAGUCUAAGAAAAUAUUUAGAUUUUUUUUUUUUUUUUUUACAUUUUAUUUGGUUACCCUUCCUUUCUGCGCCUCAUGAAUGGGAAGGUAAUGGGAAGUCAAAGAUUUUCUUGGUAACAAGUUCUAAUAUGGAGAGGUGUGUGAUCCAUUUUAAUGCUGGUGGAAAUUCUCAGUUAUGUAAUGAUAUUGAUGGAACUUUUAUCUGAUUUCUAUUUUUUUUUUAUUUUU